GUUGAAAAAUAGCCGAACCGAUUGCAUUCUUCUCCGGAAAAUCAAGCAGCAACACAGUGCUCGUGAUUUUUAAGGUUAUUAAAAUUGUUUUUUUCCGGAGAAAAGUGUGAAAAAGUUGUAGCAAUCACCGAAAAUUUUAAGUGACAAUAAUUGUCUAAUGCGUGAAACAAUUUUGUGAGCUCAGCAUGAAUCGGGUUAUGUUGAAUUUCACUCCCGAUCUGGGGCCAUCGCGAUCGGCAGCCGCGUCUCCAUUGCCGGGAUUCACGAAAAUCAAACGGCGCUAUUCGUUAGCUGUGGACGCUUCUGUUUCGGUGACAGCGAAAACAACCGAACCAUCGGCCAUCCUCGGCCGGAGUUUCAGUCAACCGACUCCGGCCACCCCCAGCGGCAACAACAAAAGGAUGAGCCUACACGAGAAUUUGAUGAUGAGGAUUUUGUCCACACCGGUGGACCAAUCGCUGGCGGAAGAUGAUUCAGAUUCCCUGUCGGAAGUGUCUUUUGUGUCGUCCCUGACCGAGGAAGGAACACCCUUGUCUAGUGAAGAAAAACUGCUGAUGGAAUCCGACGUUCUUCUCCGAUGUACAACUCCUCCGAAUGUUCUUAUGGAGUGCCAAAACAAUCCCCGUCUGGCAAGGUUAUAUAAAGACCUACAAAGUCCCUCAGCAACUACAAGACUUCGUGCCCUGCGGGCGCUCAAAUCUCCCACCAAACGAGAAGCGUACGGUCAGUUCGACGUACCGCACGAGGAGCAGGACAUCAUUACGGCGGAGGAACGGGAAAUGCCACGACCAAAAACAAUCCAAGAAGUUAUGUCCAGUGUCUGUAUCUAUGUGGAAGUCCGUUCCGGCACUGACAACCGUUCCGAUGGCAUCAAAGACCAUCUGGUGUCGCUCGGAGCCAAGGUUAAUGAUAGACUCUACAAAGACACAACGCACGUCAUAUUCAAAGAUGGUCUCCUUUCUACUUACCAAAAAGCGAAGAAGAUGAACGUACCGGUAGUGUCGAUUCUGUGGAUUGAAGCUUGCAAGCGGCAUUUAUGUCUGAUGAAUCCGGACAGCUAUCCCAUUUCGAACACAGAGCGUUAUGAAAACCCGGAGCUGUUUAAAAAGAUUCGGCGUCAAAAAUCAAUGCAGCCCCGAGCCGAAGAGGUAAUCGGAUCUGGAGGAAAGAAACGUCCUCCACUGAAGACGAGUUCCUCGAAUGCACACCAAACAGGCUCAUCAGCAGCCCCUGUGGUUUCUCCCCCUGCAAAGCUGCCUGUGUUGCACAGACUCCGUAAGGAUGAUGGCUUGGAACGAAUCCUAAAUGAGUUUCAAGCAGAUAAUCAGAACACCCCUGAACCACAAGAUGACUUCGAUAAACUGCUUGCUGGUCCGAUGAAGCUACUGGAGAAAUUCAGAAAUUCUCCAGUUGUAAACACAGUAGAAGACGUGACCACCCCAGAGGGUCCUCCGAAAAGUAUCCGUAAAUCUUUAUUCAAUGGAUCCGUGGAGAAAGAAGCGUCACCUAUGACACGGCGGAGAAGGAGCACUAGUGCCAGUAAAGAAAUUGCCACUUCUAAUAAUGUUGCGCCUAGACAGCGUAGAAAGACAAUUCUUUUCACACCAAGUAUUACCAGCGUAGAGGAAGAAAAUGAAUCUCCUGCUGCUCAAGUUCUGAAACCAACUCGUAACAGGAGAAAAACUAUGCAUGUCUCAGCGACAAAAGAGAACACUCCCCCUAAGAAAAGGGAUACGAUUUGUUCGCCCAAGGCAAUGGAACUUUGUAAAGCUAACAGUGCGGGUGUACAAGAAAACGUUCCUCCACCUGUGAACCAAAAGGUGCGAGAUACCAUCUACUCACCGAGUAGAAUGGAGCAAUCUUCGGAAAAGACUGAGAAAGCUGUUCAAAUUGAUAUGGCUUCCCCCCGUAGAACUCUGGGUCUAUCAACGACGGGUAAUGUUAUUGACGGCUCUGAACCACGUAGGACUAAGACUCCUGAAUUGAACACUAAAGACAUUGAGCCUUUCCGUAUUCAUCGUAGAAGAACUUUGUACACCCCAGGAGUGUACGAUGAAUCUGAUAAGCAGCAAAUCUCCGCCGCAAAAACCCCUGUGAUAAAUAAACGUAGAACUUUGUUCAAUCCUGAAGCAAAUUCCACUGCCGCGACGUAUAGUACUCCUGCAAUUGCGAACGUCUCGGACCGGAGAAAGACCCUUUACACUCCGUCCGCUUUCGAAGAUAUACCAGCGACUCCCGAAACUACCACUCCAGUUGCUAAUCACGGUUCCAAAAGAUUGUCCACUCCGCAUUCAAUGCACAUUCCAAAACAUUUGGCUGCGUCCGUACCAUCGAAAUCAACGACUCAGAAGCGUAACACCAAAACACUCCUCGAGGAGUAUCAGUCCAAUCUGACAUUCAGUUCUACGAAGACUCCAAUGAGCGAACGCCGCAAAACCAUUUUCGACAUCUCGAUGGAUAUAAUCGAUAAGCGACUCUCUCAAAUCAACAAGCAAUCCAAACAGUCCGAUCAUCGAUCGGAAGAAACCCAACCUGUCGAAGCCGCAUUAAAAUCACCUCCUCCACGACCGUCAUCCGUCGUUCGUCAAACAUCACUGGACAGCUUCUACCGGAAGCAAUCUCGUUCGACAGAGAAGACUAUCAAGUUCAACACAUACGCAGAUAUUCGAGAAUCUCCAGAUGUCACCAAUGCAACCACCACUUCCCGGAAGCGCAAACUUUUCAACGCGAUACCCUCGCUGACCGAAACGCCACCACCAUCCAGUGCCAUCGAAGUCAGUGGCCUAAUCUCUAUUUCGGAGAAUCCAACCAAAAAGCCAAAAACCACAACCCCAGCAAUCGUGAAGGCAAAAGUCACAACUCCGGCAACGCGUCGUUCGCUGGCACCCGCAGCACCAAAAUCCGCGUUGAAGACUGCCGCCGUCUCAACGCGGCGUAGUUCCAUGUUCUUCAGCCAGCCGAAUAAGCCUAUCACCUCUGCUGUCAGCAGCAAGCCUGUAAUGGGUACCCAAGCUCGAACGAUGAAAGCACUCGGACUUGGUGCAGGACUACCCACCGUCGCAUCCCAGUCAACAUCCGGAAAGUCACAAUUUCAACUAUCCACUACCAAUCUACACGCGACACAACACACCUACGUCAAAGAGGUCGUCACAAAACUAGGAGGCUUCACCAUUUCGAACAACGUAACGGAUCGCACUACCCAUCUGGUCAGCUUGGAACCCCGCCGCACGAUAAACCUGCUACGGGCGUUGGUCCGCGGUUUGUGGAUCGUUUCCUACGAGUGGAUCGAACAAUCGAUAGCAUCCGGCCGAUGGCUACCGGAGGAGCAGUUCGAGCUACGAAAUUUCUCCCCUGCAGUGCAGCUCUGUCGUAGCGAACGGCAAGCCUUUGGACCUCGCUAUCGUAUAGACCUGUUUGACGACUGUGGGCCGUUCUACGUGGCGCAACUGUGUGAGGUUCCGCACGACCAACUGCGGGAACUGAUAGUCACAUGCAAGGGUAAGAUAACGGAUGAUGCAAGCAAAGCAAAAUAUGUGAUUUUGUCGUCGCGAAAGGACGUUACGCAGAAAAGUUUUGGCACCGGAUCAUUUUGCGUUAGUCCGCUAUGGGUGCUUGACUGCAUUAGUGUCAAUAAGUUAAAGAAAGUUUACAAGUAUUUGAUACGAGACUGAUUGAUACUUAGCUAUUAUAAGUGAUAGAAUACAUUUUUAUUUGGAAUAUUAUAGUUCAAAUUUAUUUUUCAAA